AUGGAUGAUCUUAACGAAAACGCCGAGCAGGGAUUUGUCAUCGACGAAGUCAACUCAGUUAUCAAGGAAUCAAUCGAAAACGUCGUCGGCUCAUCACAAUACGAAAGCGUCAAAAUCGACAUGUGGAUGAACUCAAUCAUUGAGCAGUGCAUCGAAAACUUAACUAAACUCGACAAGCCUUAUAAAUAUGUUGCUACUGCUGUCAUCAUGCAAAAGACCGGAGCCGGCCUUCAAACUUCUUCAUCAUGCUACUGGGACAGUACAACUGACGGAUCCUGCACCGUGCGAUGGGAGAACAAGACAAUGUACUGUAUCGUCUCAGUCUUUGGACUCAAGAUUUAA